AUGGCGAAGAUCUCGCCAGGUAUGUCCACGGCCUUGGAUAAAAUGGCCUCAUCCGGGCUCCCGGGAAGCAACGCUGCUAGCAGCGUGAAACAAGUGGCGGACAUGAUGAUGCUUCCUCGGAAGGUCAAAAUUGACCUGGCAAUUCAGUCAUGCAUUGUCAAGCUGAAAGGCUCUGGCGACCGCUACACUAUUGUGAAGGAGACGCGGAAGGACCUGCUAAUCCGGCAGCUCAAAGGCAAUGUGGAGCAGAGAGUCCGAUGGGAUGAGGUUGAGAGAGAAGGCAUCGUCGAAGCUCUGCUCGGCAAUCUAAAGGCGGCCUUUGAGGGCAUGUUUGAGACGCUGAAGCAAGGCCUCGAAACUGCGGAGAAAGCCCUCCAGAAGCUCGAAGGCGUUCCAAUUUUGGGUCUCUUUGCGACGCUAUUAAGGUGGCUGUGCCAAGCUGCAAAGUAUUUAGUUGACGUGGUGCAUAAGGGUGUCAACUUCGCAGUAGAUAUUGUCAAGAAGCUGGCGACGCAAGUGCUGGAUGUCCGUUACGUCAAGCUGGGAGGAGAAAUUGGUGGCAGCAAAGGCUUGGAAGUGUACGUUGAUUUUGAUAUCACCCUCUUUGGCCUGCGUAUCCGAGGUGGCCUACACGUUCGAAUGAAGCAUUUGAUUGAGGAUUUGGCCAAGCAUCUAAUGGGGCUUUUCACCGGCGCGCAAGGACAAAAGAAGAGUGCUUCCAAAGCCGGAGUAUCGAAUUUCGAGAUUGGAGACACGUUUGUGGACACAGACUCGGAUGAAGAAGAUUAUCCACAUUCUUCAGGCCGCUACAGCCCAGGCGGCUUCUCUGGCAAAAGCACGUACAAUUCUGAUGAGCCAUCAAAGGAGGCCAAAAUUGAUGAUGAGACCAAGAGGAAGAUUCUUGAGCUCCUUGCUCAGAUGACAGAACAUGCUCAUAGCAUCGAGAAAUUUCUCGACAAGAAAGAAGAAAACGGACAGAUCAUUAGCCCAACCCCUCCACCGACUUUCGAGCACAUGAAGAAGUACAACGACCAGUACAUCAACCCUUUCACUGACACUGGGCCGUCCCUUCCAACAUCCGUGGAAUGCCCGAUGUGCACGGAAGAUAUUGAGCGUUCGAAGAUUACCGAGCACAUGCAGUACGAGUGCCCGCAGCGCAACAGCCUCAAGGUGCCGUGCAAGUAUUGCCAACAGGAGUUCGCAUUCUUACAAAUUGGCCAGCAUGAGGCCUACUGCGAGGCGCGUGAUCAGAUGCUUCACCACUGUCCCAACGAUGGCUGCUCUAAGGAUGACUUGUAUGAGUGCAAAGGUGACAACUGCAUGGGUUGCAAGAAGCAGACUGGUGCAGCUCCAGGGACCUGCGAGAAGCAUCACAGGAAGACUCAGUGCAAGGGCAUGGUGCAGUGCCCAUCCUGCCGAAAGAAGGUCGUGUGCAUGGCCUUGGCUUCUGGACGGCAUGAGUGCAAGACUGAUAACAAGUCAGUCGCGUGCAAAGUGUGUGGCGAGUUCGUGAUAUCCGAGAGGAUGAAGCAUCACAAGAGCUUUGAUUGCCGCCCAGUGUCUUGCGAGUACUGUUCUAAAAGGAUGUCGCAAAAUCUUCUGGAAGGUCACCACGCUGUGUGCCCAGAAAAGCCAGUACCCUGUCCGGGCAAGUCUUCCGACGACGCAGUUCCAGUAGCAGCGCAAGAGGACCGGACGCGCUGGGAAAUGAAAUGCAAAUCUGGAUGCCGGAAGACUAUUAAACAAGGCCGAAUGCUGGAACACCUGCAAAGCGAAUGUCCAAUGAUAUCGAUUAGAUGCCUUCGAUGCCAAGAUGUGGUUCUGGUGGACUGCCCUGACUUGCAAGCAUCUCCCUUCGCCCGAAUGCGAUGCCACGAAAGCUCUUGCCAGAGCAAUCUGGUUCCCUGCCAGUUGGACUGUGGUGAGAUGCUCUUGCCAAGCCUGGUCAAUACUCACACUCACCAGGAGUGUCCAAAUCGAAAUGCAAAGUGCUGGUGGCCAUCCUGCAACCGAUCAGAUAUUCAGGACUAUGGCCUUCAAGUGGAGGCCCUGCGAAGCUGUGGCGAGUGCGGGAAAGAGAUCUCAAACUCGUCCGAGCUGAUGAAGCACUUGCGCCAGGAGUGUCGUCAGUUCCUCAUUUCGUGCCCCCUCCGGUGCACACGCAAUGAGAAGUUGCCUCUGAAGGAUCUGACUGAGCACUUCCAGCUUGGGCAACAGCAAGCUUUUAAUGAAGGAUCAAGCUCGAUGAUGCAAACACCGUUGAAGCGCCACUUCUGUAAAGCUUAUUGGUUCCCAUGUCCAUCUGGCCAAAAGUGCAUUGAUCUUCUGGAACGUCGCAGCAGAAAGUGCAACCCCCAGCAGCCUUGCGAUGCGAAGUGCAGACGAGCUGGAAAGCAUCUGCCCGCAGCCAGAUGUUCCGGUGCAGAUUUCCUCCAGCACCUGAAGCUUUGCGUGAGGUUUCCAUGUCCAUUCUCUGAUGGUAAAUGCGCUUCAGGUGUGCUGUACGGUUCGGCAACCGAGCAUUUGAGAGAGUGCCAAGGCGUGCAGGUUCCCUGUUUUUUUGGCUGCGGGCAGAUGAUUGCGAUCAAUCACAAAGGUGCAGAGGUCAGGCAUCUGAUCGGAGAGUGCGAGCAGUUCAAGAUAGGAUGUACGAGGAGUUGUGGAGUUGAGCCCAUGCCGUUGAAAGACUUAGCAAGUCACCUUGCAUUGAGAUGUGACAAAAAUGUCAUGCAAUGCUUCAUGCGUGGUUGCCAUGCCAGAUGUUCGAAGAAGAACAUGGCGGACCAUUUGGAAAAGGACUGCGCGCACUUCUUGAUGUCAUGUGAGUCGUGGCCAGAGAGGUGGAUUGAUGGCGACCCGGGUUGGGCACCAACUUUGUGCAUGUCAAGGGCUUACUGCAAAAAGGAUGAGGUGCACCACGUAUCGGUGGAACAUGUUGAGAACCCACUCGACAGACGCACGUGUCAACCGACGAGCCGUCAAAGGGAAGGCCUCGAAGAAGGUAGUGCUUUCGAGCGCCUCACAGCUCAGUCUCUCGCAGGCUUGGCCAGCAUUGAUUUGGACGAGAAGGCUCAAGCAGAAAUGAAAUUUGUGGAGCACGCCCUCUCGCAGAUCCAUUUGGAGCCUGAGCGAUUUCUGUGCCCUUCUUGCGGAGAGGAUCUUGAUGUCGAUGAUGAUGCAGCGGAGGCGCUCGCAACUCAUCUCAGAUUGGAGUGUCCUGGGCAUUUGAUUCCCUGUCCGCACUGCGAGUUGGCGACGCCCAUGAAAGACUUGGUCUUCCACGUGACGAAGGAUUGCGACAAAGCCACAAAAGCUUGUGAAAGAUGCAAUGCUCUGGUGAAGCGGAAGGAUGAGACAAGGCAUGUGGCCUUUGAUUGUCCAAAGACCAAGUCAGCCCAAUGCUACCUGUGCUUUGAGAACCUGCUUGAGGAGGAGGAGAUCACCCACUUCCAGACGUGCAAAGGAGCAGGCGUGAAAUUCACUUGCUCAGAGCGCGGGACUUUCUUCCGCAACGACGCGACUGGGUGUGGCAAAACCAUAGCUCUGACUGAAGCCACACAGCAUUGGCUUUCUGACUGCGCCGGUGUGAAAGUCAGUUGUGGUCUUUGUCAACAAGCUAUUGCCGCAACAGAGCGCGGUGCACACCUGAUGUCCUGCACUGGCUUGAAGGUCAAGUGCCCAUACUGCGAAGAGCUUUUGAAACCACCCGAUGGCCAGCCACGAGAGACGUUGGACUGGACAACAGUCGUUUUGAAGCACUGCUUCUCAACCUGUCAGAAGAUGCAACUGGCUUGUGGGUGGUGUCGAUGCAUGGUACUUUGGAAAGACAUGCCAGCGCACCUUAUUGGAACUGAUCCGAGUGUCCUUGCAUGCCCAGCAUUUGCAGCAGAAUGUCCAUUGCGGUGCAAGAAAAUUGAAGACCUUGGCGGCAUGCCAGCACAUGGAGACCCGUCGGCACAGCCACCUGAGAGUAGCUUCCAACAAAUUGUGUGGUCGAAGCUUCCAGAGCAUCUGAUCUGUGGCGACGGCGAUACCGCGCAGAUCUCAACACACACUUCCAAGAUGUCACUGUGCCAGGAGUACAGGGUCCGCUGCCAGCACGAAGCAAAGGGAAACAAGUGUUGCUUUCCAAAAGACGUGCCAGCGGAAACUCGGAGGAGUGAGGACUUCUCUCGCGGAAGUCGUAUGCUUCGUGGACGUUUACCUCACCAUUAUGCCCAUGAAUGUGCUGGUGUCGAGAUAACAUGCAAAAAUGAAGGCGCAGACGGGAAGUGCAGAAAGAAGUUUGCAGCCAAGGAUUGGCAAAAACAUGCGGGUGAGUGCCCAUACAGGCUGCUUGUGUGCGGGACCACGGGCGGCUCAGGAGGGUGUGGCCUGCGCAUACCUGCAGUGGAAAUGGAGAAACAUAGGAAAGAAGGGUGCGUCUCUUCGAAAGAAGAAUGCCCGUAUGGCUGUGGACAAGAGCUGCUAUCAGUUUUAAUGCGUCUUCACAAAGCAGAAUGCCCCUGUCGGAAAGUCGUGGCGCACACCAAGCUUACCGAGGGUCACGGCAAGUUGGAGCCCGUCCCACACAGAACGGUGAAGAUCCACAAGGCACCCUAUCCAAGUCAUCCGGGCCAACUCUAUUACCCUGCUGGCCGCACGGCAACCGCAGUUUUCUCACUUGGUUUGAGUUUAAUUGACCCAAAUCAGAGGAAACACUUGUGGAAUUGCUGUGAUUGUGCAGAGGACGAACCCGCCGAGGGAUGCACAAGGCCAAGGUGGCAGUGUGGAGAAUGCGACCACAUCCUCAAAGCUCCUAUAGAGGAGGGUGUGUUUAUUCAUGGAUGCACACAUCAGUGCCAGGUGUGCGGUGCAGAUCAGGGAAGCCACAGCUCCAAAAGUUUUUUCAAACAGGCAUGCCAAGAGGUUUGCGCAGAUUGCCGCCUUGACCCCAAGAGGCAUACCUGGUGCGCCACCGCGCGCUGUUUGGAGUGUGGUAUUGUGGCAAAGCCCAAUACAGGUUGCAGGGAGAUGCUGUUCAAGGACGUCCCGGCAAAUAUCAAAAGCCUCACCCUCUUCAAGGAGAUCUGA